AUGGAUCCUACAAGAGCUCCGGAUUUCAAGCCACCGUCUCCAGACGAAGAAUUGAACCCUCCGCCAGACCCAGAAUCUAAAAUCCCGAAAUCUAUUCCCAUUAUACCAUACGUCUUGGCCGAUGCGAACACCUCCAUUGAUGCACCUUUCCAUAUCAAAAGGAAAAAAAACUACUCUAAGCAUCAUCACAAUCACAGAGAUAGUAAAGACAAAAAGCACCAGCACAUCCCAUUGAACCAAGACGACUUUCAACCGCUGUCUGCAGAAGCGUCGUCCGAAGACGAUGAUGCUGACCUCAAAACGAAGGAACGAUCUAGUUUGGAUUCAAACACAGAAUCGGAGACCAGGGGUGUCCAAAAAUAUCAAAUUGCUGAUCUAGAAGAAGUCCCGCACGGGAUUGUUCGUCAGGCAAGAAAUUUGGAAGAUUAUGAGUUCCCCUCCCACAGACUAUCAAAAAAAUUACUCGAUCCAAACAAACUGCCGUUAGUCAUUGUAGCAUGUGGGUCUUUUUCUCCAAUCACAUAUUUACAUUUGAGAAUGUUCGAAAUGGCUUUGGACGCCAUCUCUGAACAGACGAGAUUUGAAGUCAUUGGUGGCUACUACUCCCCCGUUAGUGAUAACUACCAAAAGCAAGGCUUGGCUCCAUCUUACCGUAGGGUACGUAUGUGCGAGUUGGCUUGUGAAAGAACUUCCUCUUGGUUGAUGGUGGACGCAUGGGAAUCACUGCAACCCACCUACACCAGGACCGCUAAAGUCCUGGAUCACUUCAAUCACGAAAUAAAUAUCAAGAGAGGUGGUGUGGCUACAGUCACCGGCGACAAAAUAGGUGUCAAGAUAAUGCUGCUGGCUGGGGGCGACCUGAUAGAAUCAAUGGGUGAACCAAACGUCUGGGCAGACGCUGAUUUACACCACAUCCUGGGUAAUUACGGUUGUUUGAUAGUCGAACGUACUGGCUCUGAUGUUAGAUCGUUUUUGCUAUCUCACGAUAUCAUGUAUGAGCACAGGAGAAACAUUCUUAUCAUCAAGCAACUCAUCUACAAUGAUAUUUCUUCCACAAAAGUCCGCUUAUUCAUCAGACGUGGGAUGUCUGUACAAUAUCUGUUGCCGAAUUCGGUUAUCAGAUAUAUUCAAGAGCACAGAUUGUAUGUGGACCAAACCGAGCCUGUCAAGCAAGUUCUUGGGAACAAGGAAUGA